AUGGGGACAUUCGCGGAGUCAUUGGCCGACCUCAUGAAGCCUCUGCGAGACAACCAAGACGAAGGCAUUCGAAAGACUGACGACCUUGUCAUCACGAUCGCUCAGCUUCGAAGUGAGAAUUGGAUCAUCGACAACUCGCUUCGAAUCACUAUCGACAACCACACAACACUCAAGCUUCAGAAGGUCGACGCAAUCCUCAGGCGUCUCCCAAAUGCCAUUGAGGAUGAGUUGACGGGUCACGGUACACAAUGCCAUGUCACUGUUUCCAAGCGUGGGCACCUACUGAUGGACCGCGAAAUCGCGGCUGGUGAGGUUGAAUCCUCGCUUGGCAUGAACUUCUCUGAUAAUUUGCAUCUCAAGUACCGUGUUUUGCAAGCGCGUUUGGAAAAUAGAAUUCGACGAGAGUUCAGCAUGGUACUCCUCGACACUGUCGGUAUUGGAGAGCCAAGACCUUUCGACUCGUUCAUUGUCCAGGCCCAAACUCAGCCGGCGAUGUUGCCACUCACCCCCAACGCACGCAGCAUCCUCGAAGCCAUGGAUGCUCAGAUGGAAGCCUGGAUGCGUAUGAACGGUGGCCCGUCUGAAGACGCAGAUAUUGAUGUAUACGGUCAUCUGGAGGAAGAGUUCUCCUACCUGAGCUCGGUCAUUGACGAGAGAACCAACUCGACCCAUGCGGCCAACACCCACGAGGUCAACGACAACCAAGAGGUCGAAGACAACCAGGGUCCCGACGGGGACAGCACGACAACUUUUUUCCUCACCAUUAAUACUACUGGCACUGUUGUACACCACCAGACCAGUGAUACAAGCACUGCAUCAACUGUCAACCUUGCCUGGAACGGUGGGGAUCACCAAAAUACUGUACCUCCUUGUGGUAUGGAGAAGCCAUUGAUUGUUCGCUACUGCACCGACCUGGAGAUAGUUCAGCCCACUCCAACCCGAUCAGCAGAGGCUGUUCUGAAUCACAGAGACCCAGAACCCGCCAACUCUGCCCGCCGCGGUGCCACACAACCGGUUUCUCCAGCCAACUCUUUGAACGACGAGAGUUUCUUCCCUGACUCUGCGACAGAAGGCCAGAGGCACCAGACAAGCUCGGCUGGAGCAUCGUCUUUCAACUCACCCGCUUGGGUUGCCGUUGUCAACUAUGUUUUGGGCAGGGACUCUGCUGAGCAAGGGUCUGAGCCUCGACCCCUGCCGGAGCUACCUGUGCCAGCACGUACAUUCGCGUUCGUUGCGCGCAACAUCUUGGACUUGAUGCCACCACGUCAACCGCAGCCAGCAGUUGCUCAAGAGCCUGGAACUCGUCUGUCCUGGGCUCAGCGCAUCGGACUCCGCCCAGCACCCACGCCUCGAGGCCUUUUACCUGCACCGCAGAUCACACGAGGAGGCUAG